GUUAAGAGCCACUUCCGGUGCCGGUGAGAGCGGUCGGCUGGUUAAUCAUGCAUUUGAACUUAAUUUAGUAAUGUACGCAUGUGUAUGAAAAUGGACAAUAUACCAGCAACAUGUAUUCUUAUAUUGAUGUUGAUAUUUCUGACCGAAUGUCGGUACCGUAUUUCACGGGACACGUGCACCUGGCAGGAGGCGAUCGAUAGGUGCAAGGAGUUCAACGGUCGCUUAGCAACUGCGGAUGACUUCGGACCUCUUCGAGCAUGGGUCAAGUCUCAGCAGACGGUCGCUUUCCCAGAUGAAAACGAGGAGGUGUGGGUAGGGGCGAGCCUCGAGCGCGCUGUCUGGACUUGGGCAGACGACAAACACACGGAAUUUUCAGGAAGUGCGCGUUUCUACGCACGUGGUGGCUGCCACUCCCAACAGUCCUGGUCGUCAGGCACACCCCUUGAUGACGUCACACCGAGCACUUGCCUAGAACACUGUGGAUGGGAUGGAUCGGUGGGGUUGAAGAAGGACUACUGCCUGUGUGAAAGAGACCUCGAUAACAUCUCGACCACUCCCGACGCCAUAUGUCAUAUCCAGUGUGCUGAUGACGUCACUCAGAUGUGUGGAGGCUACUUCGGAGUGUCCGUGUACAGGCCGGAUAAUUUCUCGGUGACUUGGGCGAAUACACAACCAGCGUUCGGCAACGAUUGUGCGAUGUUAUGGAAGGACAAGAAAGAAUCACCACCAGAACUGACGUCUGCUAACUGCGACAUGCAGACACGGUUUUUAUGCUCAUUUUCUGAUGACAUCACAUGUGGUUCACAGAGCGCGUGUAUACGAAGCUCAUCCGUGCAAAACACUUGGAAUGGCGCGAUGUCGACUUGCAACGUAUUGCGCAUGCGUGGUGGUAACGUAGACGACGGCAUCGUCCGGGAUCUUUUGACACUGGCCCCUGGACGAUACUGGAUUGCGCUGCGCAGAGAAAACAGAUGGACUUGGCAAGAAGUUACGGCGACUAGUUUACCAGCACACGCUUUUCCUGUGGUAGCUGUGUCACCAGUACUAAGUGCAAGUGGCCCUAUUUCGGCGUCGAUUUUCCUGCCAGACGACGCCGGGACUGCGCCUGACGCCGACCGGAAGUGUGCCGCGCUAAAGGUUCUGCACGGAAACAUCGGCCUCGUGAACAAAAAGUGUUCAGAAACCAAACACUAUCUCUGCCAAUAUGAUUACAUGACUGAAGAAAGUGACGUCCUGCCUCAGACAGACAUGAUAUCCGUUACCGAGCUUAAGUCGGAAAACAUCAGUUCAACCACUUCCGGUUCCGUCUCUCAUGGCAACGACCGGAAGUCGAUCCCCAGCACUGAGGCACCUACCAUUCAAACCGGUACCAUUGAGUUUCUUGGAUUUCUGGGAACAGCUAACACAUGCGUGUACAUCGUGCUAGGGUUCGUUGCGGGCAUGGUGUGCAUACUGGUUCUCGGCUUAAUGGUCUAUGUCAUAUACAGAUGCAGUCGACCGGAUCCUACAAAACAUAAGCGGCUGGGCGACUCUCGCGGGACGGAGACACCUAGCGUCAGUUACAGCCUAAAGGACGAUGUCGUCCACAUCUCUCCGCCGGCCUCUGACGUCACGUACGACACCGUUUACGACAACGAGUCCCCCUUCCGGCGCAACCAGCGUCUUAUUCGGAUGGGCUCGGCCAACUCGUGGCGGCAGACGCAUGUGAGAGGAACCGCCGUGCGCUCCGACGUCUCUGAUUCGUCGAGUUCCGAUUACACGUGGCGCGGCGUGAUUGGUGGUAAAGAGGAGGUGGUAAACACGGAAUUGCGUCACGUCUUUCCGGAAAAUUCCAUAGCGGCGAGCUGCGCACGUGCAGAACAUGGCCCGCACACCAUUGAAGCGCAGUGUGACGUACACGGUGACGUAGACGGUGAUUACGACAUGACCGACCCUCCCGGCUACGUACAACACGCUACCGUAACAUUGCGCGGCGCGGGUAGUGUCAGGCCGACCGAACACGACGUGAGGUUUCUGGAAAUUCGGACAUCGCGCAAUUCGGAUAACGUGGAGAAUAUAUACGCGACAAUCAAGAAGACGUUCGAGAAGAUCCAAGAAGACAUCGCGGAGCAGGCGAGGCGGGAGGGGAGGCCUUUAAGUGAAAACCAGACAUCGUUAGGUCCGCGCUAAGCUAACUUGCCUAUCUUAAACUGUAUUCCGUGUCUGAAGGGGUCUCUGAUAGGGGUCACAACUCAUGCACAACAAAAGCAUCCAAUCAUGUUGUUUAUAUCUAAGGACUGAUUCCGUUAAUGGGCAAGAAAAUAGGUCCCAUAAUGGAAUUCUGGGUAUUUCGUUUCCCUUAUUUAUUAUUAUGUAUUACGUUUAUGCUUAACUUGUAUGCAUGCGGUCCUCAAAAUGAACUUGCAUCUACAUUGUUCGUUCGUCGCUAUGUUAUAUAGUAUGACAAUAUGCGAACUUGCACGGUUUUUAAUAGUUCAAACACCUACAACAAAACGUAGGAUGUGGCGAUUCUUGCGCCAAGCUAUUCUAAUGACCAGCCCAUUUGUGAUUGAAUGAAACAAACUUAUAUCCUUAAACUUAUAUAUAUUAUAUACACAAAACGAAAGGCACAAAACAAGUAAAUAUUGAUUGUAUAUUGUAUUGUAUAUUGUAAUUCUUUUUCUUAAUUAGAUUUGCUACAUUCGU